GCAGGUGCCAGAGCCAAGCUGGGGGCCAUAGAGAGCCAGACAGACAGUCCUGAUGGGAGAAACCUGGAAGGCAGUCUGCUCUGAACACGUGCUCUAGGAGCCCGCCCCGCCAGGGGCCACACUUCACGCGGAAACACUGCACAGGUGUGUGAGUCCAUGAGGUCGUCCAUGCUGGUCCUGCUCCUCAUGGUCAGUGCCCAGGCAGUGGCCACCAUGGGAGGGGACUUCUGCCCACCGGUCUCCGCUCAGCAGCAAGGCCCUGCCCCCAAAAGGACCCCUAACUCUGCCCCCACCGUGGAUCCCAAACUGUUCACCAAGCGACGCUACCGCUCGCCCCGCGUUCUCUUCAGUGCCCAGCCGCCCGACACUGAGCCCAUGGGACGCCAGGGGUCCGGGGCCAGCAGGGCAAGGCGCAGGGUUGGUCAGCCGAAGCACCGGGGGGUGUACUCUGUGUGUGAGAGCAUCAGCGUCUGGGUAGGCAACAAGACCAAGGCCACGGAUAUAUCUGGCAACGAGGUGGAGGUGCUCCCGGACGUGAACAUUAACAACGUGAAGAAGAAGCAGUACUUUUUUGAGACCACGUGCCGUGGCGCACGGGGAGGCAGCACUGGCUGCCUGGGCAUCGAUGGGCGACACUGGAACUCCUACUGCACCAACUCGCACACUUUUGUGCGGGCGCUGACUUCCUUCAAAAACCUGGUGGCCUGGAGACUGAUCCGCAUCAACGUGGCCUGUGUCUGUGUGCUUAGCCGAAAGUCCUGGCGACAAUGACCGUACUCUCACGGGUCAUGUGGUCACUUCGGUACUGAUGACAGGACCACUUGGUACUAUCAUAUGGUCACUGCAGUACUGCAGUCCCAACCCCCCACCACCUACCCACUGGAGUGCUCUGAGACUCUGCCCCACUACAGCCCUCACCUAGCCGUCUGCACAAAGUAAAUUAUUGAUUGAGGACUGCAAGUAUAUAAACCAACCAUUUCUUUAUCACUUGUUGUUGUUGUUGUUGUUUUGUUGUUGAUAUUGUUAUUUAUUAAACACCUCAGUACAUGCACUGCAUGUUGUUUGGCGUUAUUGUCUGGAUGGUGGCUGUCACAGGGACCAAUGUCA